CUCUUUCCUUUCCCUUUCCUUCUUCCCCUUCCCCUUCCCCUUCCUCUCCGCCUCUAUCAAGUCUGCGCUGCUGGGGUCCUGAACAACUCCGCUCCUUUGUAACGGGAAGCAAAGCAACCAUAACCCAUUAUUCCGUCCAUCACCGCUACCGCUACACACAACCCUAUACCAGGAGCAGCAGCAACCACCACAACCCACCCACCCAGUGCAGUGCUACCACUACCAAGACAACCCCAUUACUACUACUACCGCACCCGCUCCUACUACAUCUACCACAACUACAACCCAUCAAACCCUCAACCCAUCAAACCCCGUCAACCACAACCCUAACAAUUUCUAUUAUCAUUGUCAUCACCGAAAGAGUAAUCCUCCCCUCGCCCGCCACUACCCCUCAUUUCUCCAUAACGUCUUAGCUGUACCAUCACCAUCUGUCGCGUCGCGAGUCCAUUCUUCCCCUGCGUCUUCCGUCCGAACUGGCAGCCGGACUGAGAGGACACGCAUCGGCUGUUGCUUCGAGCACGUUUUGAGUCGGUCCCAAUCAUCACGAUCUUGAUUCUCGCUAGACACUUUUUAUCUUUGUUUUCAUCCUUUUCUCAUCUUUAGUCGACACACUUCGCUUGCAAGCUUUGAGUCUUUUCUACCCUUACGAAUCCUAAAAAAAAAAAACUUUAAACGACGUCCCCUGGUAGCUCUCUUUUCAUUUUCUAAAAGAGUAACGCACCUCCAACCCCAAAUUCUUUUUUAAGGGAAAAAAACCUUUACUCCAUAUUGAUCAACCAACCCGGUCGGCGUUUUUUUCUUCUUUCUUUUUUUUCCCCCUCUUUUCAUCCAACUAAUAGCAAAAUUAUCCAUUUAUUCAACUAUCUUAAUUCACCGCACGCUGCGUUCCACUCCUUCCUUUCUCCCCUUGGAUAAAUUCGAUAUCUUUUGUGGACAUGGCUAGUGUCCAGCACACAACUUCGCCGGGACAACCCCAGGCCCUACAUCAAACAAAUGGACAUCCUCCACAAUCAAUACAACAGCAACAGUCGAAACCGACCGCUUUUCAGCAGUUGACACAGGUGAACGAGGCGGUAUGGCUUCAAAUCGGUAGCGUUACCGAAUUGAUGGGUGAUCUGGAUCGGGCGAUGGCCGCGUACGAAAAUGCCCUUCGCCAAAACCCGUAUUCCAUCCCAGCGAUGAACUCUAUAUCGUGUAUUCUUCGUACCAAAGAACAAUUCGCCAAGGCUGUCGAAUACCUACAGAGUAUUUUGAAUCUGGACGCGACCAAUGGGGAUAUCUGGGGCAGUUUGGGCCAUUGCUAUUUGAUGAUGGACGAAUUACAAAAAGCCUACUCGGCUUACCAGCAAGCGCUAUAUCAUUUGCGUGAUCCAAAGGAACCGAAGCUUUGGUAUGGAAUAGGAAUUCUGUAUGACCGUUAUGGGUCAUUGGAACAUGCGGAAGAAGCGUUUUCUCAAGUGAUGCGCAUGGAACCUAAUUUCGAGAAAGCGAACGAGAUUUAUUUCAGGCUUGGUAUAAUCUACAAACAACAGGAGAAAUAUCGUCAGAGUUUGGAAUGUUUCCGGUACAUUGUUACCGAUCCCCCACGCCCCUUGACGGAGGAGGAUAUCUGGUUUCAGAUCGGACACGUUCAUGAGCAGCAAAAGGACUAUGCAUCGGCAAAAGAUGCGUACAUGAGAGUCCUUGAUUCCGAUCCUAACCACGCCAAGGUUCUUCAGCAGCUUGGUUGGCUUCAUCACCAACAGAGCAACAACUUUUCGAGUCAGGAGCUGGCCAUUGAAUACUUGGAGAAGUCUGUUAGUGCUGACAAUUCAGAUGCCCAGAGCUGGUAUCUGCUUGGGCGAUGCUAUAUGUCGCAACAGAAGUACCCGAAAGCCUACGAAGCCUAUCAACAGGCAGUUUAUCGCGACGGUCGCAAUCCGACUUUCUGGUGCUCAAUUGGUGUUCUUUAUUAUCAGAUAAACCAAUACCGUGAUGCUCUUGAUGCCUAUUCUCGGGCUAUCAGGUUGAAUCCAUACAUAUCAGAGGUUUGGUAUGAUUUGGGAACUUUGUAUGAGUCAUGCAAUAACCAGACGAAUGACGCUCUGGACGCCUACCAACGUGCAGCCGAGCUCGACCCCACCAACCAGCAUAUCAAAGCUCGUCUUUCACUUCUGCGCAACGGCCAAUCUUCUGGUGUUCAGCAUCAAGCCUCGGCGCCUCCCCCGCAGGAUGUGCAUCCCCAAGCAUACCAGGCUGCUGGGGUUGGUGGGCCUCCAGGACCGCAAUGGGGAUCCCAAGCGCCCCAGGCGCCUCCACCCGCACCCUCUGGCCCCCCACCAACACUUCCUCAAAUCCCACAGCCCCCGAAUCCGUCGUCAUAUCGACCGACAGAUGUUCCUCCUCAGCCUCCUCAGCCGUCCCGUCAUAUGGCCCACAGCCCUGAUGAUUUACGUAGACCAGUAGAAGAUAGGCACACGCAACUAAGACGUGGAUUGUCACCUUCUCCCAAAUUUCCUAAUCAUUCCCCCCAUCCCAGCUACCCUCCCCCACCACUACAAGGCCCCCCGCCACCACAGCAGCAGCCCCAACAACAGCAACAGCCACCCCCAAAUCGUAUCCUAAACCCACAUCAUAACCUCCAUAAUCUCCCUCCUGCCUCCAAUAACCCUGGGGGGAUUUCUCUGCCUCCUUAUGGUGGUCGUGGGGCAAGCCCACCACCAGAUGUUAAGCCUAUUGUUGAUGAUCGACUGCCAUCCCCUAACACAUACCCUCACCACCCCCACCACCCUUCAUCACAGGGUGGCAUCGCCGGCGGCGCACCGCCACCAGCUUCAGCUGCAAUGGCUGCGGAAGCCGCUGCACGUGAGCGGGAUGAGAAAAUUCAUCAUAACAAACGGGGAAGGGAGUGGGGGGAAGAUGGGGGGCAAGGUAUGGUGAAGAAGCCAGCUUCAGAGGAGGCCAAGGCUAGGAUGGAUGAUAUGCACCAUCACCGUCAACCAUCGCCUGUGCGAGCUUCCUCGCCGCAUCGUCCGGAGCGGCGACGAAGCUCAUCGGAGAGGCCAAAGGAGGACUACCACCAUGGGCCUCCAGCACCUUUGCACACGCCAAAUGUGCCACCCCUGCUAAGUCAUCAACAGCUGCCGCCUAUCAACGAUGGGCCGCGAAUGUCAGAGCCUCCACGGAUUGCUGAUGUCCAUCGGGUGUCAGAAGCUCCCCGGGAUGAUCGCAAGGAGAUCGUGGAGCCAGCGGCGAGGAAAGUAGAAUUGGAUGAGGACUACGAUAAUGAAGAAAUGGGAGAUGCUGAUCGGGUACCCGGAGGAAAUCCAGGCGUUCAAGUGAAGGAGAAUAAUAGCCCAGUGGGUAAUGGCACGAAUGGUAUCUCAGGAGGGGGGGCGCCCGGAGACAAUUAAAGCAAUUCCUUGUGCUUUAUGUUUCUUCUCGGGAAAGUUAAUGUUUGUUUGUCCUGUAUUUCUCGUUUUACACCUUACCCUGGAGAGAAGAAAGGAAUACCGUCAAAUUCAAAUCUGUUAGUUUCCCUUUUCUCUUUAUAACUAUCAUACUUGUUCUUUUAGUCACUUUUUUUCUCCUUCAGUCGAAGUGGUAGCGAUUAUCCUUUGCUUUUGUAUUUUUCCUUUUACUGCUUUUCUUUUCUCAAUUUUUCUUUGGUAUCACGGUUGUUAUUUUUUUCUUCUAACCUUUCCUUUCCCUUUCUUCUUGCCUCCUUCCAUUUAACCCCCCAAAAAAAGGUCCUGUACGAUUCCCGUGGAAUGGGGGGGGAGUGUGUAUGUGGUGUGUGUGUGUGAGCAAACUACGGUAGACCGCUAAGAUAUUUUAUUCUGGAAAGCCUUUCUUUCUCCCGG